AGCAUGCUCAUGCAGCCGGGAGCUGCCUUGCUCCCGCAGAAGCAGCAGCAGAUGCGAGGCGGACACCCGCAGCAGCAGAUGCGGAUAUCGACACAGAACGGCAAGCCUGUCAAGGUGGACGCGAACGGUGUACAGCUGUGCUCAGCGCUGGGCUGCAACCACGCGGCUCGAGUCAAGGGCAUGUGCAAGCUGCACGGCGGCGGCCGACGAUGCAAGGUCGAGGGAUGUAUGAAGAGCGCACAGACUGGCCACUUGUGCAUUGCCCACGGUGGUGGCAAGCCUUGCAACGUGGAAGGAUGCCCGAAGACGGCGCAAUCACGGGGACUGUGCAAGCAGCACGGCGGUGGCGUGCGGUGCAAGUUCGAGGGAUGCACCAAGAGCUGCCAGUCUGGUGGUUUCUGCCGUGGUCACGGCGGUGGCAAGCGCUGCGAAUACCCGCAGUGUACCAAGUGGGCUCAGAAGAACGGCCACUGCGCCAAGCACGCACAAGAGAUCGCCGCGCAGCAACUACAACAGCAGCAGGCGCUGCAGGCUCAGAUGCACCAGCAGCUGGUGCACCCUUGAUUGAGACUUACACCGUUUUAUGAAUGAAGCAAAAACUGUCGACUACACGAAGAAGAGCAGGACGAGCGAGACGCAGUGCCGCAGAGCAUGAGGGCGCAGCACUGCAGAUAGGGCUAGGUAGGUGGAUAGCAGGAUGCUGCUCAACUAAUAAAGCAACAGUCGGCUGAAAUGC